CGCCUCGAGUGGAAGUGUCACUGUGGCCUCCACCCGGCGUGACGAGACCCAAAAACUGUCUCACACCGCUGGCUCUGCGAGUCAAAUGAGACUUUUUCACCUGCAGCGCCGAAGAAGUUCAAUCGCAUCGUAAAGGAGGCUCACACACACACAUGGAUGUCAGAUGGAAUAAGCUCAACGAUGCUGCCCACCUCGGUCUGCUCUCUGCCUGUUCCAAAUAGUUAUGUCAGCCAGCUGAGCACCUGCCACAACACGCCCGAAGAGGACGAUGAGACCAUGAACACAGAGGAGAAAAAAGCCAGCACCGUCCACAAGGCGGACCCCGCGUCCGACCUCGACGCCCACCGCCGGCCCGCGGACCGCACGCCGUUCCCCGACGACUCCAUGUUCAGCCCGCGGGGGUGGAACCGAGAGCAGGGCCUGUCGUUCCCCUCCUCCAGCUUCUGCUCCCACAGCCUCCCCGCCGGGUACAACCAGCCCACCCCGUUCCCCAGCCAGGUCAACAUGCUCCACCCGAGCCUGGCCAGCAGCUGCACGGGUUACCCCAGCAGCCUGCCGUCCUGCCUGGGCCACAAGGAUUACUCCAGCUGCUCCCAGGACAGCUGCCUGUCCAGAGACAAGUCCGCCUCCCUCCCCAGCCACCACAGCGGCCACAUGAGCCUGGAGCAGCCGCUGUCGCUGCACUCCAACCCGCCUUCGGCCGAGCUCUACCACCACACCUUGUCUCCGUACUCGUGCCCGCCGCAGGGCCCCCCCUGCUGUGCUCAGUGUCCGGCGGACGCCUUCAGCAGGCGGCCCGUGGCCAACGACCACGCCUGGCCUCAGUACAACCCAGCUUACAGCUCGUACUACUCAGAAGACUGCAGGAUCCCUGGAGCUGGAUUCAGACACAUCGGCCACAACGUCCCGGUCAAAGAGAGACACCCCACGUACAGCACGCCGCUCUCUCUGGAGCAGAGGCGGGUCUUCGUCACGUACGAAGCCGACAACGACAAACACGUCAACGAGAUCAUCAAGUUCGUGGCUCUGCUGCGACACAACGGCUUCGACACUCACAUCGACAUUUUUGAGCAGCAGUACAGAAGCAUAAGCAAGAUCGACUUCAUGGAGCGCUACCUCAGCGAGAAAGAGUACCUGAUCAUCAUCAUCAUCAGUCCCAAGUACUACGAGACGGUGACCACGUCUCCGUUCGACCUGGAGAACGACGAGAGGACCUUCAACACCGUUUACAUCCACAAACAGCUUCAGAAUGAGUUCAUCCAGAACGGAAGCAAGAACUUCAGGUUCAUUCCCAUUUUGUUUCCCGGGGCUAAAAAGUGUCACGUUCCCAACUGGCUCCAGAACACUCACGUCUACGGCUGGCCGCGCGAUCGAGACGACAUCCUCCGACGCCUGAUGAGGGUGGAGAAGUACAACCCGCCGCCCAUCGGGGAACUGCCGACCAUCGUUUCCAUCCCCAUCUAGAGCGCUGACCUGAGGACAGCGCCCUCUGUCCCCCGAGACAAGCGGAGACACGUCCCCCACCCCUGCCUGUCCUCCUUUAAUCUGCGAUUGUAAAUACUCUCAGGUGCUUUUGUAGAUUCUUCUCAACUUUUUCUUUUUUUAUUUACAAAGAGAAAAGUGUCGGCGUCGACACGAGACGUGGAUCGGAGAGGUUUUUUGGUAUUUUUUGGUUUGUUCAGCUUUUGUUUUUUAAAAACAGUUGAAAAAUCAUGCAUUUUUAUAAGCAAGUCACAUUUGCAACUUAAAGAAACUAAAAACUAUACAGUGAUGUCUGGUACAGAGACAGACAAAAUCGCUGCAGUUUUUCAGUUUGUGGAAAGGCCAGGGGAUUUUUUUUCUUUGAGAUGACAGAAAAAUUGCUGGAUGUUUCUCUCUGUAAACACUUCUACUUCCUGCGCUGCCUAUCAGCUGGCUGAAAGAUACACUUUCCUCCUGCUUACAAGGAGAAAUUUGUUGCAGAAAAAAAAAAACGAAAAAAAAAAAAAAACCCAAGCACACAUUGCCCGACUUAUGGAAUGUCAGAACCUACAGAGCUUUGAAACAUCAGGAAUCGGUGUCCUUUUUUUUAAAAAAAAGGAAUUUUCCAGUUCAAGAAGUUCGAAUAAAAAAACCCCCAAAAGAUCCACUGUAAAAGAUGUUUUUUUUUGCAGCAGGGAUCAUUUUUGUUUCACAUCAAAGUUAAAUCAUGUAACCGAUUCUCUGCAUUUCCACUUCAAGUGACUCUAGGAUCUCAUAUCAGCAGCUGGUACGUCACUUCAGACGCCUCCUGUUUCCAGAAUUAUUUUUCAAAAAUUAUAUUUUAUUUUACUUUUAAACCAUUGCUUUAGACUGUACUGUUUACAUUGUUUUGAUUUUAGCCUUAAAUUAAAUUAAGAUGCUGAAAAGCUAA